UCUCACUAACUGUCUAAGUCCGAAAGGCAUUGCCUUUAUUUUUAUUUAUUUAUAUAUUUUGGCUUUUGUUUUCCUGUGCUUCCUAUGCAAUUGUCUGUGUCUGUUGUUUCUGCUCCCUCUAUUCAGUACCUGCAAAUGGGGGAGGAAUCAUACUUUGAAUUUCUUGUUAUUAUUUGAUACCCUCUCUUCUUUUUUCAAUCAAAGUUCCUUUCUUUAUUUAUCUUUUUUAGUUUCUUCUUGGCUUAGAGGCAUCUCACUCACUUUUUCCAAACAUGUUUUUUUUGUUGUUUUUCUAUCUUCUCAUUUGUUCACAACAACUACCUCUUCUUCUCAUUUAGCUUCAUGGGUACUCCUAAAAUAUGGUUUUUCACACCAUGAUUCCUCCUCAUUUCAUGUUAUCUAUGGUUUAUCCCUUUUGGGUAUUCUUGUUCCACACUUGAUUAUUCUAAAACCCCAUUUGUUUUUUUCCUCCCCCUUAGUUACUACUGUUUUGGUUGGGAGGGUGGUUGUUGUUAUUGUUGUUUUCAUAACGUGUUGUUCAUGGAAAUUGAUCUGAACCAUGUAGUGGCUGAGGUGGAGAAAAAUGCAUUCUGUAAUGGGGAUUGUGAAAAGGGUAGUAGUUGUGUUUGUUGUUUGUCAUCUUCGACUUCUUCAUGCUCUUCCAAUUCUUCUUCAGCUCCUGUGACUUCUUCAAUCUACUUGGAGCUAUGGCACGCCUGUGCUGGACCUCUCACCUCACUGCCCAAGAAAGGGAAUGUGGUUGUGUAUUUCCCACAAGGCCACUUAGAACAGGUUGCUCCUUUUUCACCUUUGGACUUGCCCACUUUUGACCUCCAACCACAGAUCUUCUGCAAGGUUAUCAAUGUUCAACUACUUGCUAACAAGGAGAAUGAUGAGGUGUAUACCCAUGUUACUUUGCUUCCUCAAGCGGAGUUGGUAGGAGUGAAACAAGAAGGGAAAGAGCUUGAAGAGUUGGUAGGGGAUGAGGGCAUUGGAGGGUCACCUACAAAAUCAACCCCUCAUAUGUUCUGCAAAACUCUUACAGCUUCUGAUACCAGUACGCAUGGAGGGUUCUCUGUUCCUCGGAGAGCUGCAGAGGACUGUUUUCCUCCACUGGAUUACAAGCAGAGGAGGCCCUCCCAAGAACUUGUUGCGAAGGACCUGCACGGGGUAGAGUGGAGAUUUCGACAUAUUUAUAGAGGUCAGCCAAGGAGACAUCUGCUGACUACAGGAUGGAGUAUUUUUGUAAACCAAAAGAAUCUAGUUUCAGGGGAUGCAGUGCUCUUUCUGAGGGGUGAGAAUGGAGAGCUAAGACUGGGAAUUAGGAGAUCUGUUCGACCGAGAAAUGGCCUUCCUGAUUCAAUUGUUCGCAACCAGAAUUCUUAUCCUAAUGUUCUUUCGCUAGUGGCUAAUGCAGUAUCUACCAAGAGCAUGUUUCAUGUUUUCUACAGUCCAAGGGCAACUCAUGCAGAGUUUGUCAUUCCCUACCAAAAGUAUGCAAAGAGUAUCAAAAAUCCAGUGGCAAUUGGAACAAGAUUCAAAACAAGAUUUGACAUGGAAGAUUCACCAGAAAGAAGGUGUAGUGGUGUAGUGACUGGAAUUUGUGACUUGGAUCCCUAUAGAUGGGCAAAUUCAAAAUGGAGAUGCUUGAUGGUCAGGUGGGAUGAAGAUAUUGGGAAUAGUCAUCGAGAACGAGUUUCUCCAUGGGAGAUUGAUCCUUCUGUUUCUCUCCCACCCUUGAGCAUUCAGUCUUCCCCAAGACUGAAGAAAAUGCGGACAAGUCUGCAGUCAACCCCACCCAGCAAUCCCUUAACUGUAGGAGGGGGUGGGUUUUUGGACUUUGAGGAGUCAGUUAGAUCCUCUAAGGUCUUGCAAGGUCAAGAAAAUAUAGGUUUCAUAUCACCCAUCUAUGGUUGUGAUACUGUAAACCACCCGCUAGAUUUUGAGAUGCAAUCUUCAGCACAUCAAAGUCUAGCAUCAAACAUAACAAAGAACGCAACUAUGAAUGAGUUCAUGAGAACUCAACCCACCACUUACACAGGCUUUGCGGAAUCUAGUAGAUUUCCAAAGGUCUUGCAAGGUCAAGAAAUAUGCCAAUUAAGGUCUCUAACAGGAAAAUCCAACUUCAACCUUGGAGCAUGGGGAAAAUCCACUCUCAGCUGCACAUCUUUCAACUCCUAUCAAGCAGCCAAGCCCAAUUUUUACUCCGUGGCAUCAGAACCUUUACAAACCACGUUCUUUCCUUUUGGUGACAUUCACAGAGCUGGGUCUAAUCCUAGCUUCCGCUCAAAUGCUACCACUUUUCCUAGAGAGAAUGUCAACAUGAACCCAUACACUAUUCAGACUGGGAUCAUAAGGAAUGAAGUUGGGAGGCCAAAUACACCAAUCGAGCUUAAGCCACAAGAAAGCAAUUCUGCUCUUCCCACUUUAGAAACAAAUCUAAGAAAUCCAAAAGAUGACAGUUUUGGUGGGACAGAGACUAGCUGCAAGCUUUUUGGUUUUUCCUUGACAGGAGAAACUACCACACCGAACUCUCAAAGUUCCAAUAAGAGAAGUUGCACCAAGGUUCACAAGCAAGGCAGUUUAGUGGGGAGAGCCAUUGACCUCUCAAAACUGAAUGGCUAUGGUGACCUGCUGAGUGAACUAGAGUGGUUGUUUAACAUGGAAGGCCUUCUAAAAGACCCUGAUAAAGGUUGGCGGAUCUUGUAUACUGACAGUGAGAAUGAUGUAAUGGUUGUUGGAGAUGACCCGUGGCAUGAGUUUUGCAAUGUCGUUUCAAAGAUCCACAUAUAUACCCAAGAAGAAGUGGAGAAGAUGACCUUUGGGGUGACUAGUGAUGACCAAAGCUGUUUGGAGCAAGCUCCAGUUUCGAAAUCGUCAUCAGUGGGCCAGCCAGAUUCUUCUCCAACUGUUAUCAGGGUUUAAGUGUCUUUAUUAUUAUGUUUUCUAUGUCUUCUUAAGUAUCAAGUUUGCACCAGAACCUGCUUAUGUAUCGUCUACUUUUAAGUCCUAAGUUUAGUAGUUGUUGGAUUUUGUUCGUCAUAAAAGGUUAGAACUCGUUUGUGGACCUUUUAGAGAUUGGUCUUCUUUCAUCAUCAACAUUAUGUAGUGUACUAUGACUGGUCGUGAGUAUGAAGUGUUGGAUUUGUAAUAAUCAAAGCUUCCAACGUAGUAGUGCAGCAAAACAUUCACUCCCAUGGACUUGGUAACUUAAUAAUAGGACUGUUUCUAUGA